CCAGGGCAGCCUCGGCAAGAAUGUCUAGGCAAUCUUCUGCUUCUGUCUCAACACCACCACCGCCGGGUCCAAGCGGCAGCCUAAAAGAAGAAAUUGACGAGAAGAAACCACUCGUUGAUGCCAAACCGACGACUCGUGUGACCAGAAAGCCUCUGGCAGGACCAGAAUUCUCCGAUAAUGUGACAUUCGCUACGCCCAAGUCCAAAUCUCCGAAUGCCGUUGCUAAGUCGACUACAAAACUAGCACCAAAAAGAAAAGGCAGACCUAAAGUGCGACCUUCACUUCUAUCGGUCCUGCUUCGGUUAUCGUUCUUAACCCUCGCUGCCUACACAUUCCUUUGCCCUAUCACAUCGCCUACGCCGAAUCAACCCAUUACUGGGCCCUGCACCCUCUUAGCAAGGGCGCAUACCGACAUCUACAGUCCCUUCAUCAGCCCACAUCUGCAGUCUGCGUGGAGUUCUGUUUUGUCACAUCCACAAGGUGGUCCCUACGCUCAGCAUCUGGAGAAUACAUUCAACUAUGUAGCUCCCUACGUCUCCUCUACCCGAAGUGUCGCCCGUAGCCGACUCAUUCCCGUAUUCGACAAAGCGCAAGAGCUUAUUUUACAGACGUUCACCGAGGCGCAUAUUGCUGCGAAACCCCAUAUCGACCCAUACCUGACACAUGUGUCAGAUGUUGUCAAUCCAUACUGGACACACGCCAUCGCAUUCCAGCGUCAGCAUGUCGGACCUCGGAUCCUUGCCCUUCGUGCUCAGACUCAGUAUGCCAUCCGUACUGCCACGCCUUACGCCUUACGAGCUCGUAUUGCUCUCCUGCAAGCAUAUCAGAAGGUCAAACCACAUGUCUAUACCGCUUGGCUCUACAUUAAGUUUUUUGCAAUGAAAGCAAGUGUAGCAAUUGCCGACGUUUUCGAUGCCCACAUCAAGCCGCAGUGGGAUAUGAUAAUGAAGGAAGUCGGGCAUAUUCAAGCGGGCGCAGGAGAAAAGGCAUCUCCUGUUAUUCAACAAGCUCAUGCUACCUUCUCCGUCGCUGCCGAAUCCGCAGCAUCGAUGGCGGCGGCAGCACACACCGAGGCUGCGUCUGUUGUGUCUGUUGCCCAUAGCCAGGCUGCAGGUUAUGCUGCGGCAGCGCGGGAGUCUGUCCUCGCGGCCGCCUUUGCCGUUCAUUCGGUUGCCUCCGAGUACGUUUCCAUUGUGCAAGACAAGCUUUCCAGCAUCACAAGCGCAGCUCAUGCUACUGCGAAUGCGGCUGCUGCCACCGCCAGCCAGGAGGCAGCCGACGUAAUUACCGAUGAGUUUGUGGCUGUUUCGGCCUCAGCAACGCAAUAUGCCUCGAAAGCCUCUGCGGUUUCAAGCACGUUUUCAAUCGCAGCAAGCGCCGUUGUCGACGCUGCAUCUGCUGUUUCGGACACACAACCACAAGCUGCGUCACAUGUCAAUGAAGCUGCUGCAACUUCUUCACCAUCAGCGCCUGAGAAUGGAGCGUCUGUUGCUGAAGUUAUGUCAUCGUCACUCAGUGAACACAGUUUCACUCCAUCAUCCGCGAUGUCGCAUGCCACAGCUGCUGCAGCCCCAGCCGACGAUGCGGAAUUGGAAGCACCUGCCCAAAUCAUGUUCAAGGCGGCAUCUAUGGUGUCUUCAGCUGCAGACGUUAUGCCUGUUGCUUCGGCUACCUCUGAUGAUGCUGGUCUUGUACCAACAUUACUGAAUGAGGCGUAUCAAUCACAGGCUGCAUUCGUCGCGUCUCUGGCAGAAUCCUCGGCCGCCGCUGCAGCUUCAGUUGCUGGCAAACUGGAACAGCCUUUUGCUCUUCAUCAAGACGCACAAGCGGCUGCCGAACUCCUGGGACAGACCACGCCGUCGGAACCAUCCACCGAAGCAGAUGAUCAAGCGGGGGGGGACGAAUUUGAAUGCUGGUUCACCAGCUUGCUCACAGAUCAAACGCCUGAUGAAGUUGGCACAGAGACUGUGUCAACGACCCCACCCAUAGAAGCAGAGAGUCCUAUCACAGUGCCCGACACGUCUUUACCCAAGUACCACCCACCGACUGCCGAGGAACUUGCCCAGAAGAGGAAAGGCAUCGAGGAUACCCACACCAAGUGGGAGGAAAUGCUACAUGCCAUCGGACAGGGCGCCAUUGAGAGGCUGCAACGGGAAAUCGAAAGAGCGAGAGAGUCCAGCAGCGACAAGCUUCUUGGAGAAAAUGGUGGAGAUUGGGGUAGAGACGUGGCCACCUAUGAGAAGGAUGCUGGACGUGUCGCAGAGAGAGUGGAGCAAUAUGCUCACGAGUUGCACGCUGAAGAUCGCCCUGCCCAUGAGAAGACGGAAAUGUUGCUAAAUGUCAUCACCAAAGUUCGCGCCCAAGUUGAACGUUGGGCAUCGGAUAUUGAGACUAAGCUGAAAGAUUGGUGGGUUGGAUCUGAAGCAGGUAUUGCUGCCGAUGUCGACAAAGCUCGACAGGAUGUUAUGGAUAUCGCUCACCAAGCUCAGAAUGAGCUCGGGAUGCAGUAUGCAUGGUUGGAAGACGUCACUGUGCAAGACUGGACACGGUACCACGCUUUGGUGAACGAGGCGAAGAGAUACGGAAAGACGUACAGUGAUCUCAUGUCCUUGACCGAGGAUUCAGCACUCUACAAGGCUCUAGCCAACUUGACAGCACAUAUUCAAGAUGUCCUCCUUGGCUUUGAAGCACGAUUGGCCCUUAUUCAUCCAUUCGCUGAUGCACCCGUUUCUGGUGCAGACGACGCUGAUUCCUUGGUGUCGCCGGAUAUCGCCGAGGAAGAGGCACAGGCUCCUUUGUUCAUACCAGGUGUCACGGCGCAGGCUGAUGCUCUACCCUAUCUUCAACGAAGUCAGGAAGAAGUCGAGCAUGCCCUCAAAGCAGCGAAUGCUGCCUCAGAAUUCACUUCGUCGAUUACAUCAACUACUUCGGAGCACGCUGUUACUACGGGGUCGCAAGUGUCAAAUCCUGUCGAAGCUGAAAGAGGUUUUUCUUUAGUCUUGGAUUCUGUGCCAUCCGAGAUCGGACAGACGUUCACCCAGAGCACUGAUUCUAUCAAGUCCCCCGCUGAGGCAGAGACCGCUCCACCAGUUCUUGAUCGGGCAUCUCUUUCGCUCACUUCUGUGGCGUCUAGCAUCUCGGAUCAUCUCAACCGCCAGGAAUUAUAAUUCCCCACCCUAUUUCGCUCGUCUCAUCCACCGAUUAUACACAACUGCUUUUAUGAGAUGACUUUCACGUCGUUUUCGGAGAUCCUUAGUACCAUAC